AUGGGCGGUCAUGGAUAGCGCCGUAGAGCCCCCGUUCAGAUAUAUAGAUAUUGAGUCUAAUGUGCUUCCUACUUCCUAUCCGCCGCUUCCUACUCCACUCACACCAACAACAUGAGAAUUAAUCUUUCUGUCAUUCUGGGGCUGAUAGGGUUGGUCGGGGCCUCUGCUGUUGAUCUUCAACAUCGCAAUAGCGGAGUUGAAAGGCCCUUGAGCUUAGGCGCUCUCUGCGGAACUACCCGGAGUAGUGGACAACAGCUCAAUAAUUCUACCCAUUGAGAUGGUCUUGCAGAUCCUCAUGGCGAAUAAUACUCUAGAAGGAGGUGAUAUCCCUAACCAGCUCAUUGAUGAGCAAAUCGCCUACUUGAACAAUGCAUUCCUCCCUGCCGGUUUCAGCUUCUACGUAUCAGAAGUCAUCCGGACUGUUGACGAGCACUGGUACCAUGAUCUUCGUCGAAAUACGGACGUUGAGGACGAAGUGAUAAUGCUCAAGAAAGGAGGAAAUGCUACCUUGAACGUGUACAGUUUUGGCACGAACUUUGACCCCGGAUUUUCUUGGGCAACGCUUCCUGAUGAACUCCUGUGGCAACCCAAUUAUGAUGGCGUGUUCCUGCAUAGAAGGGCUUGGCGUGGAGGAGAUUACUUGGGCCUUCAGCUUGGCGGUACCUUGGUUCAUGAGGUUGGACAUUGGUUUGGUCUUCACCAUACAGUUAGCUUUGACUGUGAGGAAACUAUCACUGACGAAGUGGAUGACACGCCUGUCGAGCUAGCACCCGAAAAAAAUGGUGGUUGUGAGUUAGGAAGAGAUUCCUGCCCGAACCACCCAGGUAUUGACCUAAUUCACAACUGGAUGGGGUUUUCCAUCGAUACGUGUCGUGGCGACUUUACUCCUGGGCAAAUUCAAAGGAUGAAGGAGCAAGUAGCUCGAUUUCGUCAGGUAGCAUAUCCCGGUAUUAAUGUCGAUGAGGUGCCUAUUAUUGAAGCGUGAUACGAACACUCUAUUUAUAGAUUUAAUAUACAUGUGCUACAUACAGAGGAAAGG